AUGCUACACACGUCACGAUUCGGUAUGGAGCGCGAUCUGCGAGCUGGAGAAUCAUCGCUUGUGACACGCACCUCGAUCCCUGCCGUCUAUCCGUCUACCCUUGCCGUCUAUCCGUCUAUCUUUGCCGUCUGUCCGUCUCAACCUCCGACCAUGGCUGACACGCACAAGCCCUAUCGCGUUCUGGAGAGAGGCGAUAUUUUCUUCUUUUACCGCCCUAGAGUGAAUCGCGAGGAGGCGCAUAGCGUGGAUGAAGUGCAGCGCUUCUACAUGCUGCUCCGCCCGCUGGACAGCGGUGAGCGCGCGGAUGGCGGGGGGAAGGCGGAGGAGGCUGAGGGAAAGGCGGAAGAGGCGGAGGGAAAGGCGGAGGAAGAGCAGGUGGGGCAGGCUCUAGGGGUGAAGGAGGAGGGAGGCGAGGCAGCGAACAAGGAAGUGGCGGGGCAUGGAGAUGCAAGGAAGAGGGCCCGGGGAGACGGUGAGGGGGAUGAUGCGGGAGGGGCAGAGGAGGAGGGGCUUAGGAGGAAGCAGGUGAAGCAAGAGGCGGUGGAGGAGGCGGAGGUGGCAAAAGGGGAGGAGGGGGAGGGAGAGGGCGAGGGUAAGCAGGGCAAGCGAGAGGACGAGAAAAAGGAGGAGAAACCGAAGCAGGAGGAGGAGGAGGAAAAGGGCGUGGCAAGGGGGGCAGGAGGCAAUAGCGGGGCAGAGGAGAGGGCGGGGGAGGAAGGGGUGACGGACGAAAGGCCCCCUCUGCGCCUGCUGGUGGUGGGGCGCAAGCUGCUGCCCACCCUCUCGCACCGCUCUCGACCGCACUGGGGCUAUGUGGAUGCCGUGUCACCCCACGUGAAGGACAUCAGGGCAGCUCUUGAAGGAGACACCUACGAGACCAAGACACGUGGCACACAGCAUGUGGCAGCAGCGCGGGCAGCAGCAGCAGGCAGGUACCUGAUUGUGAGCCACGUGCCUGGUGCAAUAGUAAGCACCCGCAGCAGCAGGAAGAGCCACACCCACCUGGUGUACUCGCUCCGGUGGCCCGAGACACAGGGCAGAGCGGAACAGGCAGGAGGCAAAGAGAAGGGGGUCAGUAGCAAGGGGAACCAAGCCAAGGGUGCAGAGCAGGUGAAGGAGGAGCAGGUGGAGGAGCAGCAGGGGGGGGAGAAGGGUGAGGAGGAAGGGGAGCAGGAGAGUCCACAGAAGGCGUUCAACAUAGAGAGGGAAGCUUCGUACGUGCUGCAGGUGAAGAACCCCCAGGCGCCCAGCAGGCCGCCCUACCUGGCACGCCCCUCUGUGCGCCUGCACGCCUUCCCCCUGCCGCUGCAGCAGCGCCUUGAUGGGUUGAGAUUCGCCCCCGCGGACCCGCCUGCUUUCUUGGACCACCCGGGGUGCGAGGUGCUGCUCAUUGCGGCUUCGGAUGACUUGACGAGGGAGUUUGGUGGAGAGGUGGAGCGGGAUUUGGCCGCGGGGGAGGGUGAGGGGGGAGAGGGCGAAGGGGAAUUGGGGAGCGGGGAAGAGAGCGGGUAUGGGAGUGGGUGUGAGGGGGACGAGUGGAUGGGGUUUGUGAGGGAGGGUCUGGGGUGGCAGAGUGAGGAGUUGGUGAAGCCUCUGGAGGCAGGGGAGUGGGCGUGA